GGUGCUCUGCGUGGCCGGUGACUGACAGGCGCUCCCAGCCAAUCGCCUGCCGGCCGAUCAGCUGACUGGUCUGCACAGCGCCAGGUGUUUUUUUGUCAUCAUUUUUUCUCCUCCAUCCGUCACAAGGAGCAGCAGGACGGCGGUGGGACACAGCGGCGCUACGGCACCGAGAUCAUGCGUCUUUACGAGGCGCCCUGCGGCUGAUCGGAGAGGAGACCGACGGCCCCGUUAGCGGUGAUCGUGUUCACGGCGUGGAUGUCUGGAUAAAGGACCCGAACCUUGGGAACGUCGGACCGGAAUGUCAACAAGAUCACUCUUGGGCUCCAAGGUCUUGUGGUAAAUUUUUACCCCCUUUCAACUCCGCCGCUGGACUGACCAACCUAAUCAGCAGAAGGUCUGGUUGAUGACUGCAACGUCCUUGCUCCCAAAUUCAUCGGGCAGUCGUCCUGUCAAACGCCAGCAUGGCUACACGGAGGUUAGACUGCUUACUUCCGGGCCAGGUGUUUGCUGGCCUGAUGCUGGUAUCAAUAGGACUAUCUUUCCAGAGCAAUGAGUGCCCCCAGCUGUGUGUAUGCGAGAUCCGGCCGUGGUUUACCCCCCAGUCCACCUACAGAGAGGCUAUCACUGUGGACUGCAAUGACCUUCGCUUAACACGUAUCCCAGGAAACCUCUCCAGUGACACUCAGGUUCUCCUUCUACAAAGCAACUACAUUGCCAGGACCAAUGACGAGCUGGAGCAGCUCUUCAACCUGACUGAGCUUGACUUGUCCCAGAACAACUUCAGUAGCAUUCGAGAUGUUGGCCUUUUCAACAUGUCCCAGCUGACCACGCUUCAUCUGGAGGAGAACCAGAUCACAGAAAUGCCAGAUUACUGUUUGCAGGACCUCAGCAACCUGCAGGAGCUCUACAUAAACCACAAUCAGAUCAACACAAUCUCUGCAAAUGCCUUCUAUGGGCUCCACAACCUGCUCAGGCUUCACCUCAACUCCAACAAAAUUAAGACCAUUGGCAGCAAAUGGUUUGAAUCCACACCCAACCUAGAGAUCCUCAUGAUUGGGGAGAACCCCGUUGUUGGAAUAAUCGACUUUAAUUUCAAGCCAUUGGGCAAUCUUAGGAGUCUGGUUUUGGCCGGGAUGGAUUUGACAGACGUACCUGGAAAUGCCUUUGUGGGACUUGACAAUCUUGAAAGCCUCUCUUUCUAUGACAAUAAGCUUGUCCGAGUUCCCCAGAGAGCCCUCCAGAAACUACCCAACCUCAAGUUUUUGGAUUUAAACAAAAACCCGGUGCACAAGAUUCAGGAAGGAGAUUUCAAGAACAUGCUGAGACUGAAGGAACUGGGUAUAAACAACAUGGGCGAGCUGGUUUCUAUUGACCACUACGCACUUGACAAUCUUCCUGAGCUCACAAAACUGGAGGCUACAAACAAUCCCAAGUUAUCUUAUAUUAACCGCCAGGCCUUCCAUGAUGUCCCUGCCUUGGAGAGUCUAAUGCUGAACAACAAUGCCCUGAAUGCUCUCUAUCAAUCCACGGUGGACUCUCUGCCCAAUUUGCGUGAGAUCAGCAUCCACAGUAAUCCUCUGCGCUGUGACUGCGUCAUUCAGUGGAUGAGCUCCAACAGAACCACCGUCCGUUUCAUGGAGCCUCUGUCCAUGUUUUGUGCCAUGCCAACAGAAGUAAAGGGUUUGCAUGUUCGGGAGGUGCUGCAGAAUAAUUUGGCAAACCAGUGCCUGCCCUUGAUUGCCCACGAUACUUUCCCAAGCCACCUCAACCUGGACAUCGGCAUGACUUUGGACUUGGACUGCAGAGCCGUGUCCCAGCCUGAACCUGAAAUCUACUGGGUGACGCCAAUGGGGAACAAGGUAAUGACGGACACCUUAUCUGACAAGUACAGCCUCAGCAACGAAGGCACAUUGAGAAUUACUCAUAUUCAGGUAGAAGACUCUGGCAGAUACACCUGUGUGGCUGAGAAUUCAGAGGGCGCGGACACAAGAGUGACGGCUUUACGCGUGAACGGCACUCUUUUUGACAGCACUCAGCUAAUGAAGAUCUACGUCAAACAAACAGAAUCUCACUCCAUCCUUGUCUCCUGGAAAAUGAAUUCCAAUGUAAUGACCUCCAACCUCAAGUGGUCAUCUGCCACUAUGAAAAUAGACAACCCACAUAUUACUUACACUGCCAGGGUUCCCGUUGACGUCCACGAGUACAACCUCACACAUCUACAACCAGCGACUGAGUACGAGGUGUGCCUCACAGUCUCCAACAUCCACCAGCAAACACAGAAGUCGUGCGUGAAUGUGACGACAAAGCAGGCGACCUUUGCUGUGGAAAUAUCUGACCAAGGAACCAACACUGCCCUUGCAGCAGUCAUGGGAACGAUGUUUGCGAUCAUCAGUCUGGCCUCUCUGGGAGUGUACAUUGCCAAGAGGUGGAAGAGGAAAAACUAUCACCAUUCUCUGAAAAAGUACAUGCAGAAAACGUCGUCAAUACCGCUGAACGAGUUGUAUCCCCCCCUUAUCAACCUGUGGGAGACAGACAGUGAGAAGGAGAAAGAGGGCUCGUCCGAGACCAAACCCAGUCAGGUGGACACCACACGCAGCUAUUACAUGUGGUGAGAGCUGCGACCCAGUGGGACAUAUAAAGACAUGUUUCUUUCAGGAGCACAAAUAUACAUACUUGCUUCUUUGUGUAAUUGAGUCUUUUUUUCUUUCAUGUUUCCAGUUUGUUUUUCUUCAGUUCUCUGAGACUUGAUCUUUAAAGCAAUCGACGAACUGACAUGUACACAUCUUUAGUUUAGCAUAUUGCCUUUUUACCUCUAGCCCAUUUUGACGCACCAUGUGGCAGCUUUGUUCAGCGCCGUGGACUUUAGAAGUCACUGUGCUUUAUUUUUAGUUCUCAUUUUAAUGAACACAGCAUGAGCAUUGUCACGGAUUCAGUCUACGCAAGCAUCAGGAGCUGAAAUCCAACCUGUUUUUGACAUGUUUCUUAUGGCAGAACUGUUGAAAACUGCCUUUCUUUCUCCUGUAAAACAGUUUCACUGUUGACUGUUGUGCACUGAAAUAUAUAUAAAUAUAUACUAAUUUGUCUAUCAACUCACAUAUAAGCUGACAAAGUGUUUAGACUUGAUAUGCUGUCUAUUAAAUAAUGUUAGCCAUUCCUAUGUAAUGUUAUCAGCUAUGACUUCAUUUACUUUUUGAACAUUAAAUAAUUAUAAUAACAUAAUGAGUGUUUGAUUUAGAUUUUAAGUUUGCAGAUCAGCUACUGUAAACCAGCAAUAGAAAUAUGAAUGUUAUGAAAUAGGUGAAUAGAUGUAAGGCUUUUUCAAUUUCUUAAACAUUUCUUUUCUUAUUUUGCUAGAAUAUGUCUACAAUCACUGGUUCCGAUGUGGUUUACACACACAAACAUGUUGUUUAUUCAAGAGCAAGACAAAUAAAAUCUUUUUUCCUCAUAUUUUCUAAACCA